AUGGAAGGUAUCCAUCAUAAUCGUGUUGUAAUUGGUGUUCAUCGAAAAGUUGUGCAACUUGAGUACACUGAACAAAUGGUUGAAGGCAAGCUCGUCCCAACUGUAGAGAAAAAUCCUUUCACCUUGGCUUUGGGAAUUCCCUACCAUCUAGGACGCGUAGUAGGUUCGGGAGGGACAUUGCUAGGAUGGGAAAAGGUGAUGGGUCCAGAAUACACCAAAUCAGGAAGAUCUCGAGCAAGUGUUAACUCACCACUUGACUUGGAUGCCAAGGUGGCAUCAAUUAAGGAACAGGUUGGUACUCCUACACAUGUAGACUCGAGGGAGCUUGAUAAUCCAACACCUCAUGAAUUUCCAGAUUUACAGGAAGAGACCCGUUGUGCACUUCUACACCCGGGGCUAUCAAAUAGUGGAGAAUUGCAUUUGGUGGCGUAUGCUAGUGCACAACCGACCUAUGAUACGGUCCAUUUGCGAUCGCUUAGGCCACAACAUUACUCGGUCGGGAUCAAUUCUGGGAUUGUGGGGUUCUAUGACAUCCGAUUAAUGGUGCCCAUAGAGGAGGAUGGGAUUACUACACUUUGGGAAGCAAAAGGUAGCUUUGUGCAAUGGCCACGUGCUUAGGUAAGGUUGAUCAACGAGGUAAGAUUUUAAGAUUUUCUGUUGAAUAACCAAUCUACACUAACUCACUUUACCUAAAAAAAAAAUCAAAAAAAAAAAAUUUGCACUCACUCAAGACUCCCAAGUCCCCAUCUCAACUGCCUGGUUGCUGGUUGCUGCGUCCUGUGCAGCUUUUGCCUGGGCUGCUGCGGCCUUCGCAGCUGCUGCACGCGCUGUAC